GCUUAUUCAAAAUUGUAGAGAGAGGGAGAGAAAGAAAUGAUAAAACGAAGAUGAUUAAGUAUUUUAUUACAUAGCCUAACACGUGUUCGUUGAUAAGAGCAACAUUUAAUAAUAAUAACAAUGUCAGAUGUGACUUCUGGAGUAUGUAACAACAAUGAAAAAUCAGAUGAAAGUGAUACUGAUAGACUGGUAUUUCAGUGUAAUGCACUAACGGAUUCUAUGGCUAAAGCGAAGAAGAAAAGUCUGGAGGAGACACAGGCUAAUCAAACUCAAUGUAAAGAAAAUGAAAGCUAUGAUGAUAUUGGCGAAUUUUUCUUUGAGUCAGAUCAUCUAGCUUUGAAGGGUAAUUCAGACUAUCAUAACAUGCUUAAAACUAUAGCAAUGCUAGAAGCUCAAAAGGUUCAAGCUAUUCAAGACAUAGAAAAGCUAAUGGCUCUUCGGGAGCAGGCUCUUAAGGAUCCUAUCCAACUAGUAGAAAAAUUACAGAGAAAAGAGUAUUUACAAAUACCAGAAAGGCAGCGGGUUGUUCAACUUCCACAGAUUGACUGGGAUCAAUAUGCUCUGAGUGAUGAACACCUUUCAUUUGGUAAAAAACAAUUAACAAGGCAAAUGCUUAAGGGAUUAGGUGAAACAGUAUCUAACAGUAUGGGUGAUAGUAGUGAGAUGGAAAUGCUUGAAACUGUCAAGACUUCAGAGGGCAAUUCUCAGUCAGUCCUUGUACGUGGUCGCCCUUUUAACCAGUCAAAACCCUCUACAUUCAAUCAGUUGUGGACACCUGAAGAACAAAAACGUUUGGAAGAUCUUCUGAUUCAGUUCCCACCAGAAGAGGUGGAAGCACGUCGCUGGAAGAAGAUAGCAACAGCUCUAGGAAAUCGUACCCCAAUACAAGUUGCAAGCAGAGUCCAAAAAUAUUUUAUUAAACUUGCAAAAGCAGGAUUACCUGUACCAGGCCGAUUACCUAAUGUAAAUUCUCUGAGAAAAUGUUUCAUUAUCUUACAGGAUGAAGAAGGAAUUCCUCCAGAACUAAAAGAUACCCCAGAGUACAAGGAACUGAUGUUAUUAAAACGUUUGAAAAACGAGAGACUGAAAUGUCAAGGGUUAGCACAACAUAUAGGAUUUAAAUGUGAUCGUUGCAAGUGUGAGCCAAUUAUAGGCACUAGGUGGCACUGUACAGAUUGUCCUUCAGAAGCUGCAAUAAACUUAUGCAAUGACUGUGUGGAUUGUAUUCAUGAAACUGACGUGCACAAAAGUGACCACCACCUAGAAUCGAUACAACAUGCUCAAAGCUCGGCCACAUUGGAUAAAGAUUACAUGUAUUUCAUGGGAGGAAACUACAACUACCUGGAUCCUAAUUAUAUGCCAGCAACCUAAUUCUUAGUCAUUUAUGUUGAAAGAAGAUAAAAUAUUUAUUGUAUUGAAAUUUCAUUUUUGUAAAUUCUAAUACAAAAGAAAACAUUUAAUGUGUGUGCAUGUGGAUUUUUUUGUAGAAUCAAGGUAUAUGUCACACAUCUGCAGCUCAAUGCACAUUUAUUCUUGAUACCUUCUAUUACUUUUUAAUAAUUUAAGAUAUGUUAACCCUGCAUUAGUCUUCCGAGGUCUACACAGACCCCAAACAUAUUGUAAACAUCAGCUCAGACAGAUGGAAGCACAUACAUGUUUGUUGUUCUCAGUAGCUUCAGUAUUCGGCUAGUUUGU